AUGGCUCAGGCCUCCGAUCAGGCAAUGCAUUCGUUGCCCACAAUACAGCUCACCCCGAUCGAGAAUACCUUGAAGACCCUUCUCCUUGAUGUCGCGCACUAUAUUCGUGGUCGAGAGCUUGCGCUAAACAGCCAUGUCAACGUCCCGCAGACAGAGCUGCGUUUCACAGGCGGCUGGGUGCGGGAUAAGCUGCUGGGGAUCGAUAGUCACGAUAUUGAUGUGGGAAUUAGUAAUAUGACUGGCUAUCAGUAUGGUAUGGCUUUGAAGGAGUACUUGGAUAUCCCGAAUAACCUGGAAAAAUACAAGAAGAACCACCCAGAUGGGGAGUUGAAGGACGCUAUUGUCAGCCUGCAUAAGAUUGAUGCCAAUCCCGAGAAGUCGAAACAUUUGGAGACAGUUACAACGAAGAUCUUUGGGUUGGAAAUCGAUUUAGUCAAUCUACGAAAGGAGACAUAUUCAGAGGACAGCCGGAACCCCCAGAUGGAGUUUGGUACAGCAGAGGAGGAUGCAUUGCGUCGCGAUGCGACAAUCAAUGCGCUUUUCUACAACCUAAACGAAUCCAAAGUGGAAGAUCUUACCCGAAGAGGCUUUGAGGACAUGAAGAACGGGAUCGUUCGCACCCCUAUGGAACCAUACCAGACGUUCAAAGAUGAUCCGUUGCGUGUGCUACGGUUGAUUCGAUUUGCUAGCCGGUUGGGAUAUCGGAUUGACGAGGAGACAGAAAAGGCAAUGCAGAACAGUGAUAUCAGUGAAGCUCUCAGGCUAAAGAUCAGCAAGGAGCGUGUCUGCACUGAAUUAGAAAAGAUGCUGCGUGGUCCCGACCCGCGAGGUGCAUUGCAUUUUAUCGAUCGCCUUCAGCUUUACCCUACCAUAUUCGCUAAUCACCAAGAUGAUGUUGGCGUGGAUACUUCGUCGUGGUCUCUUGCCUAUAACUCCCUGCAGAAAAUCCUCCACCCUCCAAAGGAUAGCGGAGAAAUCGCAGCAGUUAUCGAACGUGUACGCAGUCUUCUUAUCCGCGACUCUCCCGAAACCUAUUACGCAUGGAUUAUUGCUGCCUUUGCUCCUUGGUCAACAGUACCAGGUCGCUUACCGAAGCCCGCGGCAAAGGCAAAGCCGCUCCCACCUCGCACAGCCGAAGUCGCAAGGGAUAGUCUUCGUGCUGAUAACAAGACGAUCGUAAUCUUGAAAUGUGCAUCCAUUAAUGCAAGCAGCAUAAUUGACACCAAGUCAUCUCUUCUGGAAAAUCGCCUGGGCGGAACCGCCGCGGAAAUCCGACAACAGAUCGGAUUACUGAUCAUAUCAUGGAACAAAGACUGGAGGCUUUGUGUGCUAUUGUGCAUCCUCCAAGAGAUCAUGAAUGGGGGCGAAUUUUCCAAAGUGAUCCAAGAUUACGACUCAUUCCUUUCGUAUAUAAUAACAAAUAACCUAGAAGGUGUAUGCGAAAUGAGGCCCAUCGUAAAUGGAGACGAAAUCAUGCAGACCUUGGGGGCUCGAAAAGGGCCGUGGAUGGGUAAAGCCCUGGAUAUGGUGGUCAAAUGGCAGCUAUUGCAUCCAGAGAUUACAGAGAAGGAAAAGGCAUUGGAAGAAGUGGCGGCACGUGAGUGUCUCCAACGAACUGAAGAAUCACACGCUUUGCAAGACUCCCUUUUGGGAGAUAUCACGAUACCUGAUGCAUUAGAGCCUCUAUGGCAAGAUAUAAUAUCUAAGGGCACUACAAAUAACCAAGAGACGUGCGAAAGCCUCCUUGUCGCUCAAGGCUAUCUAAAGGUCUGGGGAUCUAGAGAAUUGUCAAAUGAAGAUGAAAAUGCUGCAAACAGCCUAUAUGACUGGGCCAAGGUGAAGGAUAGUCGACUCAGAUCGAUUCUUGCUGUAUCUGCCCUGGCAUCGUUAGCAGCUCUACUACCAAUCCGCAAGGCAAGCAACACGCCAGAUAUCGUCAUCGCACUGGCGAGCUUCACGUAUGAAAAAGAUCCUUGGACGACGCAGAAAAGUCUCGAGCUAUCAAAUCAAUUACUAGAGGAAUUUUCCAAGGAAACAAAGGAUGAUGAGCUAUGGACCUUUGUCGAACGCAUCCUGAAGGAGAGAGUCAGGCCUCUUUUCUCCAAGACUAAGAACCCGGCCAUCACUGCGGCUGGUAGAAAGAAUUUCCAUCCUGUUCCUCUGCCCCGGUUUGAUCCCAGUAUCUUGAAUCCGGAGUCAAAGCCGUGGAAAAUCCAUGAUGUCUACGCCACGACGGUCUUUGGGUGGGUGAUUUCGCAGUACCGCUCAACAGACCGUCAACAUCUAGAGACGCAUUUCCCGCUUCUCGUGCCUGUAAUCCUAACCCUGAUAGACGAUGAAAGCCUGGCCUUCAAGGCCCGUGGCUGCAGUAUUCUCUCCCAAUUCCUCACCCCAAUCAGAGAAAGCAAAUCAGAUAUCCUUCGACGAACGAACCUUUCUUCCGUCUUUGAAGAUGCUAUCCGACCAUGCCUUCUUUCCCUACCAACCAUCACCCCAGAAGACGAGUCGAUCCAACUACUCCAAGUAGCGUAUCCGGCGCUCCUCUCUUUAUUAAAAACAAGCUACCAGACAUCUACCCAAGAGAACGUCAAGAAGUCAUCAACAACAGAUAGAGAAGCGUUUAUCUCCGGCGUCACCAAAAUCCUCCGCGACAACCUUAUCCCCUCAUUCCACCAUAUCAGCUCUACCAACCCCACAGCCACCUCCUCUUACGCUUCUUUCCCCCAUCCACGUUUGUCAACGCUCCUGGUAGACGAGAUAUGCAUCAUCCUAGGAGAACUGGGCAUCCACACAACCAAAUAUCUCCAGGAGAUAAUACCCCCAAUCUACAGCACUCUCUCGAAUCCAUUCGGAACGGCAUAUACCCCUCUCCUUCUCUCCGCAGUUUCUGCAACACGAGCCGUUAUCCUGAAUGCGCACCCGCGCUUGUGGCGAUGGCGCGGUGAGAUCCUCGGGGGCUUGUGUACGUGUUGGCUUCAAAUUCUCGACGAGGAGAGUGAAAUUGCCAAGAGAGCGACAAGGGGACGAAGCUCUGAAUCGGACCAGUCAACUGGUGAGGCUAUGGUGAGAUUGAAAACGGAGCUGAAGGGGGCUGUUUAUUUGUUGAAGUUUGCACUCCAGAACCCAGUGCAGGCUGAGGAUGAUCCUGGCCAGUUGGAUGCGCAGGAAAACAUUAAGAAGGAAUUGCAGGAGCUUGUUAAUGCGGAUGAUACUCUUGGGGAUCUUCUUCUUGCCGAUAUUGAUCCUAAUGAUCCGGGAUAUUUCGGUGUUGGUUCUUAA